AUGGCAGACAACGUGCUGCCGGCCCUGUACAACAAGCGUAACAUCACGGACGCUCUGGCUAAUGCACGCAAGAUUGUGGACCAUUCCAAACACUCACCUCAGGCCUAUGCACGUCUGGAAAACAUCCAGGUUGCUAUGAAUAUGCCAGUCAAGCGCUUACAGCAGGAUUGCUCUGAUGACAAGGGAAUAAGGACCAUGAAUCGUACCCUCCUUGAGGCAGUGAACACACGCUUCAACCACGUUGAGUCUGAGCCAAUUUUCAGUGUUGCCAUGCUUGUGGAUCCCCGAUACAAAGACAGAUACUUUACGCAUCCCGACAGUCUGAGGCAGGCAAAGGCUGCGCUCAUCCUGGAGAUGGAGAAGUUAGAGGGAGGCAGGGCCAUCCGUGAAGAGCCAGGGCCAGUGGCUGAGGCAGAGCCUGUGAGAAAAGCACCACGUCAAAAUGAAGCACACUGCAGCAUUGGCAGUGUGUUUGAUGAGAUCUUAGAGGAGAGGGAGGUGGAUGCAGGGUCUGUGAGCCCCUCAUCAGCAGCAGCUUCCUCGGAGUUUCACCUUUGGAACGAAGGACGCAACAAAGACUGCACCUUGAACCAUCUUCCCAGCCUUCUUCUGCCGGCUAACAAAGCAGUACACCACCAAGUGACUCUUUCUCCCAUCCAUUCAAGGAUCGUCCACAGAUUAAAUUCUGCUCUCAGCCAGUAUCAGUAUGGGCACCGCACUCAAGCCACAGCAUCCCAGGUUGAGGAGGCGAGAUGGGUAGAGUCUCCUACACCCUGGAUCACAGACAGAAGUAUAAUGGGUCCUCUGUUAGAGGAGUAUGAUCGGCACAUGGAUGAAAUGACUCAACAGCUGCAGAGAUACCAGGCACUGAUGACAGAUGUCAAAGUAAAGUUGGAGAGUGUUGUCAAGGAGAAUGAAAGGUUGCAUGCAGAACUCAGGGAGUCUGUUGAGAAGCAGCUUCAUGCCCUACUGGUGGCUUCAGGAGUGGAGGACAGCACAUUGGAGGAGGAAGCAGCUACUAGAAACCUCCAAGAACAACUCCAGCUAUGUGAACAGGAGCGGGUGCAGGCCAUGGAGCUGUGGCAGACAGCAGCCCAGGAGCUGGACCAUCUUCAGCAGAGCUACCACAAAAACAUCUCUGAUGUGCAGGUCCACAAUGCUCAGAGACAGCAACUUCAGAAUCAGCUCAUUCAGUUCCAGCAGCACAUACACAAACUUCAAGUGGCCAAUCAGAAACUGGAAUUGACUAACCAGCAGUUCCUGAAGACGGUGACGGAGCAGAGUACAGAGAUGGAGGAGCUACAAAACCAGCACAGGCAGGCCAAGGCUGACUUGAGGACAGCCACAGCCAAAGUGGGUGAGAUGACCAUCUUCUUGCAGAGUGUCCAAGACCAGAUGCAAAGACAGGAGGAAGAUGUGGCAGAGGCUCAGGGCCGAGAGGAUGCAGCAGACAGGCGACUUCAACAGCUUCUGGCAGCCUUGAGCCAGCUGGGGGCCAGACUAAAAGCUGCAUCUCAGGAAGCUGAGGCAGUUCGCAGAGAUCAAAUUGUGUGGGAGAUAAAGGUGGGGGAACUCCAGACACAUUCUACCAACCUAGAAGAGGAGAAGUAUGAGGCCCUGGCUAAAGUCCGACAGAGUGUUCAGGUGGUUGAGGAGGCUGCUUUGCUGAAGGACCAGGCCCUGUUAAAAGAGAAACAGAAGACACAAGAGUUAGAGAAGACAAAGGAGGCAGUCAAACAGUUGAUCCAGGAUGCUGCAGUCCGCACCAGAAAUGAGGUGGAUACUGUGCGCAAACAGUGCAACAUUCAAAUCCACCACAUGGCAGAGGAACUGUCUGCAUUGCAGCUGGAGUGUGCAGAUAAAGAAACUCAGAUUGAAAAGUCCUUGCGAGAGAGAAAAUCUUUAGAGGAGGAGCUGGAGAAGGUGUAUAAGGAGGGCAGGGCAGAGCCAGAGUUCAGGAAGAUUGAUGCCCUUCACCAGAGGUGUCUAGAUGCAGAGAGGAUGAAGGAGGAUAUAAGUCUCACCCUGCAAAGUGCACAGAACAAACUGAAAAAGAUGGAGAUGGACUACAGUGAAGAGCUGUCACGUUGCCAGGAGGAAGUGCAGCAGUUGCAGAGCUCUCUGGCUGCAGCUCGGGACAACUGUGUCAGCAUCAGCGAGGAGCGGUUCCAGCUGCAGCAGGAGAACUUACAGCUACGCAGAGAGAUGGAUGUGCUACGCAAGACCUCCCUGCUAGAUCAGAAGAAGGCCAAACAACAGCUGUCACAGAUGGAGCAGGAGUACUGCCUGAAGGAGCAGGGACUCUACACACGCAUGCACGAGCUGGACGAAAGCAGCCGGAGCUCCAAUGAUGAUCUGACGCGCCUCCUUACAGCACAACAGAAAAGUACUCAACGCUGGAAAGAAGAGGCCAAGAACCUUGUUCAGGUCUUCAACACUAAAAUCACAUGCCUCAAAGCAGAGCUGAAUCAGCAGAAGCAGCGUUCAUACGAGCUGGAGAUGCAGCUUGAAACUGACCAUAAUACUGUUUAUGAGUAUGAGAGGCAGCUAGCAGAUUAUCAAGAAAAGAUGAGUCACCUCCAGAGACCACUGACACAAGCUGAACAAAAGACACCUACUGCUACACAACAGCUAAAUAUGUUGGCGUCACAGCAAAGGAAAACUGCCUCGAUUGAUCCAAAGACUUUAUAACAGGGACUGUCACUGUGCUAUAAACAAAAUAAUGUAGCCAUGUUUGUUUAAAUCAUGUUGCCCUUUUCAUUAAUAUCAUAUAAACAAUUUGGCCCAAGGCAUAAGAUAACAAUGGUGUUGUUAGUCUUUUUGUGAUUAAAUCGCAACAGUAAAGGUUUUUGGUGAAUUGUAUUUAUAAGGAUGAAAUGAUGUCUGAUGUGUGAUAUGUAAAAUAAACUGUUAUAUCUACAAAAUAAACACCUUCAACAUACAACCUGGUCUUUGUUGUGCAGAAAGGAAUAUGGUUUGAUGGAAAUUAAAUGUUUUAGGUUGUAAAUAUUCAGGAAACGGCAUCAUUGCAACCCUAACAGCAAUAGCAUUAUUGGGCAUUUUAUAGUUAUUUUUGCUAAUGUUGAGCCAUAUCAAAAAAAUUUGGACAAUGUUCGCUCAAUAAGAUGUCCACAGAUAUUAAGCAAGUUGGCAAAGUCUGCUAAUUUGAUGUUACCAUUUGAAUUAAUAAGUGCAUUCAUUAGCUACCUUUAACAAUAGCUAACGCUUACAGAGGCAUACAAAAGUUUGAGCACCCCUGGUCAAAAUUCCUUUGCCCUGUUGUUGAUGCCAUCCUCUCUUCAUCUUCAGCUUUUUUACAGAUGGUGCGAUGUUUGCUUCCAGAAUUUGCUGGAAUUUAAUGGAAUAUUACUGUACAUAAUAUAAUCAGAAUUUGCUCAUAUUAAAUAUUAACAAAAAUAAAUCCCUCAUAGGUUAGAUAAAUCUUUCAAUGGAUUCUUGUUCUUGGUGACCCCCACUAUAAACAUAUCAACUUUCAUGUAAUUUUACUGUGUGGUUUAUGAGAAAUUUAAAGAGAAAUUCUGCUGAAACA